CAAGAAAUCCCUUUUGGAUAGUUCACCACGAAACCCUGAAUUAUAUAAACAAAUUUUUGGCAGCGAUGAACACUAUGGCACGUGACUUUCAUUUCUAAGCAGCUUUUUUGGAACAAAAUCCUCUUCGGGGAGAAAAAUUGAAUGAAGCAACAGUUGCAACUUACAACUUACAACAAAAAAUGCUUUAACUUUUCCUGCUUUUUCUGCUCAUUUUGGUGCCUGAAUUCAGUUUCUAAGAACCACUUUCAACACCUCUCAUUUCAAUUUUGGGGGUUCUUGAUUCUGUUCAAAGAUUUGAUACAUUAGUUCAGAUUGAAAAGCCCACUUUUUUUAUCAUUUUUUUUCAAUAACCCAUAUCUUGUAAUCAAUUUAUAUAGAAUAUAAAUUUUGUAAAAAUGGAAUAAUCCAUAAAUUUAUGGGCUAAAGAGGAAAAAGAUGAUUAGAUGGUGGAUAUCAGCUCUGCAAUUGACAGAACUUUUUGUGAGUUCUUUGGUGCAUUUGGUAUAUGGGUUUUACAUAUUUAGUACAGCUGUGGCUGCCGAUUGGUUUUUCAAGCCUAAUUUGGAUAUUGGGUUGAAAAGGGACGAUUCAAAAAGUUCAAAUGGUGUGGAUGAUUUGCCUCCCAUUGUGUUGGUUCAUGGAAUAUUUGGUUUUGGUAAAGGAAGAUUGGGAAGUUUGUCGUAUUUCGCGGGUGCAGAAAAGAAAGAUGACAAAGUUCUUGUGCCCGAUUUGGGCUCCUUAACAAGUAUAUAUGACAGGGCCAGAGAAUUGUUCUAUUAUUUGAAAGGAGGGCAGGUUGAUUAUGGAGAAGAACACAGCAAAGCUUGUGGGCACUCCCAAUUUGGGAGGACUUAUAGAAAAGGGAAUUACCCUGGAUGGGAUGAAAAUCAUCCCAUUCACUUUGUUGGGCAUUCAGCUGGUGCACAGGUAGUUCGGGUUUUGCAGCAAAUGCUAGCUGAUAAGGCAUUUAAGGGGUUUGAAAAUACUUCUGAGAAUUGGGUGUUGAGCAUAACUUCAUUAUCUGGAGCAUUCAAUGGAACAACACGAACCUAUUUAGAUGGAAUGCAGCCUGAAGACGGGAGGUCCUUGACUCCCAUCAGUCUGCUGCAGCUGUGUCGGUUAGGAGUAAUAAUCUACGACUGGUUUGACAUUCCAUGGCUGAAGGCCUAUUAUAAUUUCGGAUUUGAUCACUUCAACAUGUCUAGGAAAAAAGUUGGCAUUCGGGGUCUUGUCUAUAAUCUCUUGAGGAACAAUGGUCCAUUUGCAACUGGAGAUUGGAUACUUCCUGAUCUGACAAUCACAGGUUCUAUCAGAUUGAACAGUCGUAUUUGUACAUUUCCAAAUACAUAUUACUUCAGCUAUGCCACCAAGCGUACACGAAAAAUCAUGGGUAUUACUGUUCCCUCCGGCAUUUGGGGGAUACACCCGUUGCUUUUCAUCAGAGUCCUGCAAAUGAGCCAAUGGCAACAUCCACCAGAUGUCACUCCACCCUACAAAGGAUACAGGGAUAAAGAUUGGUGGGACAAUGAUGGAGCCCUCAACACUAUAUCUAUGACACACCCUCGUUUCCCGGUCGAACAUCCAAGUCGUUAUGUUGUCAAAGAUUCCGAGUGCCAACCUUUGCAACCAGGCAUCUGGUAUUACAAGAUUGUUGAAGGUGAUCACAUUCUUUUCAUUAUAAACCGGGAAAGGGCAGGAGUUCAAUUCGACCUGAUGUACGACAGCAUUUUCGAGCGCUGUAGGAAGCAUGCAUUUAGAAAGACUCCAACAUUACCAAAUCAAGUGAACCAAUAGUCUGUAACUAUUGUAUCCCAAUUUGAAUUUAAAUGUAAACACAUUGUAGGUUGAAUUUUCAACAAUGCCAUAUUUGUUCUAAAUACAUUAAUUCAAAGGAA